AUGUCUGAUCUAUCCAAGCCUGUUACCAUACCAAUAUUGGGCGGUGCUCCACCCAAGCCCGUGAGGAUUGCAAUUGUAGGCGGUGGUUUCUCCGGCCUCGCCCUUCAAGUCGGCCUUCAAAAGUAUCUUCAUAUCAGGUCCGAUGUAUACGAAUCUGCCGAAAAGUUUUCCGAACUUGGCGCUGGUGCUGUUCUCAGCCCUAACUCUCAGCGCGCAAUGGAAUUGAUUGAUCCUCGUAUCUUUGAAGGCUUUCAGCGACGCGCGGCUUUUGGCGUCGAUUCACCCGACGAGAAUGGUCUUUUUCCAUGGAUAACUAUGACUAAAGGCCAGGCACCGGAUAUUAGUGAAGUGGUUAUGCAGUGGAAACAUGAGACUAAAGGUUCUACUGUACACCGAGCUCAUUUCCUUGAUGAGCUGGCUAAACUCAUUGAACCCAAUCAUGCUCAUUUUGGUAAAAGCGUAGCCAAAAUCACCGAAAGUGGUGAUAAAGACCCUGUGGUUUUGCAUUUCAAGGAUGGUACUACAGCGGAGGCGGACUUAGUUAUUGGUACCGAUGGAAUUCAUUCAAUGGUCCGCAAGCAUAUGCUUGGCCCCGAGCAUCCAGCUGCAAAGGCUUUCUUUACAGGUGCCAUCAUUUACCGGGUUGUGAUUCCAAUCGAAAGGGCAAAAGCUAAACUGGGUGACUUCGAUGCAGCGGAACAAAAGUUUGUUAUUAGAUGCGGCAAAGACGCUAUGGUGUACGGCUUCCCUGUGGCUAAUGGGACUCUUUAUUAUAUUGGAGUUACGACCUUCAAGAACGGGCCAGUUCAACAUGAUCAGUGGAUGGUGAAACCAGACCUUAGCGGUCUUCAGGAACGUUUCACAGAUUGGGAUGACUAUGUGCGGAAACAAGUAGAGCUGGUACCUGACGAUGGUACAACUCUGGGAUGGUCGAUUUGGGAGAUGCCUCCCGCACCAACCUACUACAAGGGUCGAGUAGCAAUCAUGGGCGAUGCAGCUCAUGCGUCGACGCCCUAUCAAGGAGCAGGUGCAGGGCAGACCAUCGAGGAUUCGCUCGUUAUGGAGAGACUACUCGGAAAAUAUUUCGAUCCUAAAAGAGAAAUAAAACACCCUCUCAGCACUGUUGAGACUACGCAUCUAAUUUUCCAAGCUUUUGACACGGUACGUCGGCAUCGAAGUCAAAAAGUUCAAACAACUAGCUCUGAGACUGGUCGAAUUCUUACUGGUACCGAGCCUGGUGUUUCAAUGAGAGCAGCAGUUAUGAGCGAGCUGAUGGAUGGUCGUCAGGAUUGGAUGUGGAACUACGACCAAGAGGAGCAGAUCAAAGAUGCCAUGUUGAUAUUCGAGGAAGUCGAGUGGUCUCGAGCACGAAAUGCCGCUAAUUCCUCGGUCUAA